AUGUCGUCCGAGACAGCACAAGUUAGUUCCUUACCAUUGCCUCCUAUGCAAUAUAUAAACUUUUACACAGAUGAGAAUGUUCGAAGAAAUAGAGCACCACUGCCACCUCGGCCUAUUCACGAUUCAUAUUCAAUGUUUGGACACACUUUUAAUGCGGACGACACCAUAAUCAGGUCAUUGGAAAGCCAGGGAUUUCGACGAUUAUAUCCUAUGCACUUUGAAAGAAGAAGAGAACUAAAGAAGUUAAACCAUUCUUUACUUGUUAAUUUUCUAGAUUUAUUAGAUUUGUUGGUUCAUUGUCCUGAUUCUCCCAAAAGAGCUGAAAAGGUUGAAGAUCUGAGUUUAUUGUUUAUCCACAUUCAUCACUUGCUAAAUGAGUUUAGACCACACCAAGCUCGUGAAACAUUGAGAGUGAUGAUGGAAUUGCAGAAACGUCAACGGGUUGAAACUGCCACAAGGUUUAAGAAACACUUGGACAAAGUACAAGACAUAUUGCAGAAUGCAUUGCAAAGUUUACCAGAUCAGAAUGAAAUUGAAGCAAACUUUAAGGUGCCUGUAGAAAUUCUGGAACAAAUGGACUGCAGUACAAAUGAUGUCUCAAAUCAGGAUCCUUGUUACGAACUUGAUCGUAUCAUGUGUAAUGUUGUUGACAACAUGAGAUAA